AUGGAAGCAGAAAUCGAGCGCUGCUAUAACGAAUAUCAACUGAAAAUAAGCGAUGUAGAUAUCGCUGCCACGAUAUUCCGAACAUUCGGUAAAGGGAUCAUUAAGAAAGGCCAGAUCUCGCCGGAUGGAUUCGUUCAAAUGGCUAUUCAGUUAGCAAACUUCAAGGAUCAGAAAAAAUUCUCGCUCACCUACGAAUCAGCAUCGGCUCGCUUUUAUGCAAACUCUCGAACUGAAACCCUUCGCACAGUCAGCAAGGAUUCAUGCGCCUUUGUCAACGCAAUGAUGGAUCCUAAUUGCACUAACGACGAGCGUUAUCGUCUUCUGCAAGUGGCGUGUGAGCAGCAUGUUCAACGAAAUCGCGAGUGCAUGCUCGGGCGUGGUGUUGAUCGACAUUUGCUUGAAAGUGCUCCAAAUCAACGUUUGUUCAAAGCGCUGACAGACUUCUUAUAUCGUGUGUAUGGCGACGACGAUACAGUUGCGAAGCAAACGGAGGGAUUGAGGGAUAAAAAACGACUCUUGUUCAGACUGAAGGCGUUGUGGGUUGGUAUUGAUGGACGGCGGCGAUUGGAUAUGUGA